UAAAGUGUCAUUAGAUUUCAUACGAGACAAAAACUGGACAGACCUUAAAGAUGCAUUAUAUAGCCCUUUGUGUAUGCUUGUACUGACAAAAUGUGUUAAUUGGUUUUUGAUCAAAGUUGUAGACGUGCUUUUAUUCGCCAUGCAUAUGUUGCUGAUUGAGUUUAUGCGUGACAGCUGCUGAAACUGUUCUCCUUCAGGGAAAGGGGUCAUUCCAAUAGCUGGCAACGAGCAAACAUACAACGGGAUCUGGCAACGGAGAUCAUACAUGUAUAAAUGAACAGUAUGGGGGAAAUGAUGCAUUAAAUUAUCACCAGAAUAAUGGGGUAAUAAAAAAAAUUGUGUUAAGAAAAUAACAAAAGAGGAAAUUAUUAACUACACCGGUCUAAUUCUGGACUGUUCUUUUGGUUAUUCUCACUUUGUUAGACUGUUUUUUUAAAAAAAACAUAACCCCAAAUAAUCCAGGCAGGUUACAGGCUUUACCUUGACAGUUGCGACCGGAUGCGCAUCGUUUUACCGCACCGAACUUGACAAGGUGCAGAGAGGCGGGGGAUUGCGAACAACCCGACCGACCGGAGGGUCUGCCGCGGACUCAGCCGGAGCAGCAGACGCCGAGAAAUAGCUGGGGAAAGUUCCCCUCAACCGCCUCUCCGGAGAGACGCCGCUGGAGUUUCCAGAGGUUGCCCAGCAGUUCCCCCAGUCGGACAUGAGGAGCCUUCCUGAACUGGGUUGCUGAAAAGUUGAGGUCAGAGUUCGAGCACUUUUUCCGGCAGUCAUGGCUGACAGAGAGGGGCUGCCUAUCGGCCCGGGCCAGGUCUACAUCGAGGUGGAGUACGACUACGAGUACAAGGCCAAAGACAAGAUGGUGGCUAUCCGCCAGGGAGAGUGCUACAUGCUGGUGAAGAAGACCAAUGAGGACUGGUGGCAGGUGAAAAAGGAGGAGGGCACAAAGGCCUUUUACGUGCCGGCACAGUAUGUCAGGGAGGUGCGCCGGGCGCUCAUGCCUCCCCAGAAACCCAACUUGAGGGCCAAGCCCACUGUUUUGGAUAUUUGCCGGGCAUCCAAUGAAAACCUUAACAGACCCCAGCCGGAAAUGUCCAGCUUUGGACGUCCAUCGCCUUCCUCCACCCCGUCGCCAUCCUCUGACCGUGUCACACCACCAGUUCUACCCAAGGAUGCUAACCAAAACAUGGGGAGUCCCCAUCACUGCAAGGUUGUAGCUGAACUGGUACUUCUUCACAACAACAACAACCAUCACCACGCCAACAAUUCCACAUUGCCACGGACACGGGCAGACUCGCCUCCGCUCAAAGUGGGGAACAACCAUAACAGAAGUCCAGACAGUGACAGGACCUCCCCACCAAGCGAACUGCCAGGAGAAGGGCUGAACAAGCUUCGCAAGGAUUCUGAGUCUGGGGACGAGCUGAGCAGUAGCUCAACAGAACACGUGCAGACAACAUCACCUACAGGUCAGGGCCGGUCCGACUCUCCGGUCUACACCAACCUCCAGGAGCUGAAGAUCUCACAGUCCAACCUGCCGCCCAUCCCCUCCGGCUCACCUCUCCACAUUCUGGGCGACUGGGAGACCCACAAAGACCUAAGCGGCAGGCAUUUCUACUAUAACCGCGCCAGCGGAGAACGGACCUGGAAGCCUCCGCGCACCAGGGACACCAGCGGCAGCACCAGCAGUAUCCGUGGAGACAGCCAGGGUACAGUGGAGGGUGAGCUGCUGUCCUCAGAGGAAAACUACCACAGCACCUACUCCAGCCAGUCUGAUAGCCAGUAUGGGUCUCCCCCUAGAGGCUGGUCUGAGGAGCUGGAUGAACAUGGACACACACUUUACGUGUCUGAAUACACACAGGAGAAGUGGAUAAAGCAUGUGGAUGAACAAGGCCGGCCCUACUACUACAGCGCUGAUGGAUCCAGGUCAGAAUGGGAACUGCCCAAGUACAAUAUCUCCCCUCAGUCCGGCGAGGUUCCCAAGAGUCGCAGUCUGGAGAGGAAGCAGCAGGAUCCCAUUGUCCUCACCAAGUGGAGACACAGCACUUAUGUGUUAGACCUCAACGACAAGGAGUGUGCUCCGGUGCCCAAGCAGAGCUCUCCAGACUCUGACUCCUGCCCCUCAUCCCCUAAGCACCCUUCGACCCCUUCAGAGAAGUGUGGAGUCCUCAAUGUCACCAAAAUCACAGAAAAUGGAAAGAAAAUUAGGAAGAACUGGACCUCAUCGUGGACAGUGCUGCAGGGUUCCUCUCUGCUCUUUGCGAAGGGUCAGGGGGGCAGCACUAGCUGGAAGUUUGGCAGCAACCAAUCGAAGCCCGAGUUCACCGUUGAUCUGCGGGGGGGGUCUGUGGAUUGGGCCUCCAAGGACAAGUCCAGCAAGAAACAUGUCAUCGAGCUGAAGACCCGUCAGGGGACAGAGCUGCUGAUCCAGUCAGAGAUUGACAGCGUGAUCAACGACUGGUACCGGGCCCUCACAGAGACCAUCAACACACAUGCCUGGGAGUCAGAUGAGGCCAUUGAGGAGGACAUGCCUGAGUCCCCUGGAGCUGAGAAACAGGACAAGGAGAAAGACCACCGGGACUCCAAGAAGAACAGAGUGAUGAAGACCUCUGUGAGUAUGGAUUCAUCAGACCAGAAGAAAACCAGGAUGAAACUCAAGAAGUUCCUCACACGUCGACCCACAUAUCAGGCUGUCAGAGACAAAGGAUACAUCAAAGAUCAGGUGUUUGGCUGCAGUCUGACCAGUCUGUGCCAACGGGAGAACACAUCAGUGCCCAACUUUGUCAAGAUGUGUAUUGACCAUGUGGAGAACACAGGUCUCAAUAUUGACGGUUUGUACAGAGUGAGCGGGAACCUGGCAGUGAUACAGAAGCUCCGCUUUGCUGUGAAUCAUGAUGAGAAGGUGGAGCUGAAUGACAGUAAGUGGGAAGACAUCCACGUCACCACGGGCGCUCUCAAGAUGUUCUUCAGGGAGCUUCCUGAGCCACUCUUCACAUACGGGUCCUUCAAUGACUUUGUUAAUGCCAUCAAAUGCUCAGACUACAAACAGCGAGUGAAUUCAAUCAAAGACAUAAUCAAGAAGUUGCCAAAACCCAACCACGAUACAAUGCAGAACCUCUUCAAGCACCUGCGGAGGGUUAUUGACCACGGAGAGGCCAACCGAAUGACCACCCAGAGCGUGGCCAUCGUGUUCGGACCCACGCUGCUCCGGCCGGAGACCGAGACGGGCAACAUCGCGGUCCACAUGGUCUACCAGAACCAGAUAGUGGAGCUUAUACUGCUCGAGUACGAGAGCAUCUUCGGGAGGUAGAGCUGCCCGCUCAGAAGAGGAUGCCAGGCUUUUCAAACACAGACUUCUUUUCCUUUAUCCCCCUUUUCUUUGGCUGAACUGAAAAAAUGCUGUGGACCAAGCAGUUGGAAGAAAAUAAUCAAAUUUACAUUCAUUGACAGGAAAGGUUACGAAAGUGUUGCACUUACAGAAGUUUUGGAGAUGAAUUUAAAAGAGGUGUACAGAUUUCACCCGCUUUUUCAGUUGCCAGUUCUGCUGCAAGUAGCGGUUUGGAUGAUGGACAGUUUUUUUUAAAGUGAUGCCGUGGUGAAGUGUGGACGUCCGUGUGAUUUGGUGGAUUAGAAUAUUCAGGUGUUUGCAUAUACACUGGAUUCCUGUGGCCAGUAAGUCAAACCGGAGCCGCGGGCAGCCGUAACAUCUUGGUGGAAUCCGGUGGGACUCGAGUGGCUCAUGGCAGCAACAUGCUGCUUCUGCGACCAUUAAAAGCCGAAUGGGCAGCCUCCUCACCUUGUUGAAGGAAUGAGCUGAAUCUGAACCGCAUAAGUUUUCUGUGUCGUCGAGCUUUGUCUGUGAUGUGUAAGCCCUCCGUGGUUUCGGGAUCAGGUGGAAAAUUAAUCAGUAUUAUGUUAACGGACUGUUUUUUGGCACUUGGAAUAACUGGAGUCACAGACUGUGGCCCCACAAUCCUUACUUUGGUGACACCAUCAACCCCGUCCCCUCACCCACCUCCUCCCCCUCUCGACCAGUGUUAACCAUUAACCCCGUGACAUGAGUGUCCCAUGACUUGAAUGACGGAGGACAAACCCUCCGUCUGUGUGUGUGAGUGAAUUAACCUAAAUGGAAUAAAACCUGAGCAGAAGCAUCCUCGUCUUGCCACUUUGUACAAACUGUGUGUCGUGCAGUCUAACUUGCUUUGGUAAAGUUUCCAUUAAGCUGCCAGGGGUUGUUGUCUGUGCUCUUUUAUGAACUACAGUGUUAGUGUCUACAGUGGCAGGAACCAUAACCGAGAUCAUGGUGUUGCUGGAAAACAACAGAGGGGAUUUCUGGGAACUGCUAUGUUACCAUUUCACAUGAAUUGUGUCUGACUCUCUUGGUGACCCCUCUCCUCACCUUUGCUAGUAUUAAAGAGUAUUUAGAGAAGGGAAAUGGUAGUGAGAACAUUUCAAAGAUUGACGUCUGGGAGUGUAUGGGUGUUAAAAUGAAAAGAAGAACCUCUAAAAACCUUUCAGAGCAUAUGUACAGUGACAGAAAACUAGUUGUUAAAAUGUGUUUUAGUGACUGAGGUGUGUAUGAUUUGGUGAUGGUGAACCAGUGAAAGAUGAUUUUGAUUUUGUAAAUUUGAAUUAAAACAUGAGAAUACACACAUUGUGAAAAACAAAACACAUGAUCGACUGUUACUUUUGUUUGAAAGUGUAUCUGGAGUGUUUGCGCAUGGUCAGCUGCACAUUUUGAAUGUAAUUUUCAGGCUAACUGCUGUUUGUGAAAUUGCUAUGUCUAAUAAAAAAGACAAAAAUAAA